UCCUCGGCCAUGUUUUGGUGCAAUCAAGUCCAGGUGGACGGUCAGAGAUGGAACUUCGAAGCUCUGGCUGGGCCCCAUUCGGUCGUCACCUGGCAGGAGCAACAGCCUUUCCAAUUCGUCAACACCACAUAUACCUUGGAUCUCUGCGCACCGCUGAAAAAAGAGGGACCGGCUGACGAGAGCUGUCCCAACGGUGCAAGAGUAUGCGGAAUCAAACGCGGCAAGCGCACCGACGAGACAGAGUACAAGGUGAUCGACGUCAUGUCCAUCGCCGGCGACCUGCAGAACCGCGGCGUGUCCAAGGGCCUCGAUGUCACGGCCACACGGCUCAAGACGUCCGACUCGACCUCUGACUCCAAGAAGCAGGGCGUGCGCAUCCGCAUGCACGGCGGCCGGCACCCGCUGCAGUCGGGCGGCCGGGAGCAGCGGGCCAUCGUGGAGAUGCUGUGCGACCCAGACAAGACGGGCAAGGAGGGCGAGUGGGACACUGCCAAGGACGGAUACGAGCAGGUGCCUGUCGCGACCGACCCGGAAAAUGCUGCACGGCUGCGGCGGCGGGAUGAGGGCGACGAGGGCGACAAUGAUGAUGAUGAUGAUGAUGAUGAUGUGGGCGACGGGGUCGAAACGUCAGAACGUCAACUGCUGAAGCCGGAUGCAGCCCUAAUCUUUGACAGCUACGGCCCGCUGGCAGACGACGGAAAUGUCGACGUGCUGCGGUUGACGUGGCAUACCAAACUUGCGUGUGAGGACCACGAGGAGGAAGGAGGCUCGGGCAAGAGCGGGCACUGGGGCUUUUUCACCUGGCUGGUUAUCCUCGUAUUCCUGGGAACGGCAUCGUACCUAAUCUUUGGCUCGUGGCUCAACUACAACCGCUACGGUGCUCGGGGCUGGGACUUGUUGCCACACGGCGACACUCUCCGAGAUAUCCCUUAUCUGCUCAAAGACUGGACUAGAAGGGUUCUGAACACUGUACAAGGAACCGGCUCUAGGGGAGGCUACUCGGCUGUAUGA